AUGGCGUCUAGCAACGACGGCAAGACCUACAUCGUGGAGCACCUCGACCCGGAGCUCGGGCCCUGGUCAGAGCUCGAGUACAUCUGCAUCGGCCAGGACUCGCAGAAGGCCGGCAGCCGGUUCUUGCUCUCAUCUCUGCCCGACGAGUUCCGCGUCCCCGAGAGGCUCGGCAAGCUCGAGGCCUUCACGCCGGAGAAGCGGAGCGUCGAGGAGAUUGCUGGUGAUGUGAAGAACCAGGUCUGUUUGCUGGAUCCCGCGGCCAAGCAGGACUUGUCGCCCGAGGAUGGGAAAAAGUUUGGCGUGUUCCUCUUUGGUGGAAUCCUGGGUGAUGACCCGCCCCGUGACCGUACCUCUGAGCUACGGAAGAAGGGAUACGAGGGUAGGCGACUCGGCCCUGUACAGAUGACGACCGAUACAGCAGUGCGAGUGACCCGAAUGGUUGUUCAAGAAGGAUAUACAUUGGAGACCGUGCCGUACUUGGACCACCCAGACAUCAAGUUCAAUGAGCACGAGAGCACACAGAUGCCAUUCCGCUAUGUCGCCGAUGCUAAUGGAAAACCGAUCAUGCCAGAGGGCAUGGUUGAACUCAUUGGAAAAGACGCCGACAAGACGAUCGACGACAUGUUCUGAAAAUUUCCUUCCAAGCCAUCAUUGGAACAUGACUAGCUGAAUAGAUUAGAUAUCGGAGUAGCGACGUCCAGCUGUUUGGCUUACGUGCGGAAACCUGUUCAUCUAGUCGCCGACCUGGUCAACUUUUCGUGCUGUUGUCCGACCCAUCUAAUAACAACACCAUGAUUCGGGCCCAUGAUCUUAUCUGAGGCUAAUAGUGCUUGUUUUAUGCGGAUCGUCCAAUCUUUCGCAAGACGACGUACACCAACACGAACAUGACAGCCAUGCCACCCGACAUUCGCAAAUAUGGACAUUCAGGCGGCAUUUCGAACACAUUAGAUCGUCUCAUGUUAUAGACGCCCAAUCACACUUGGUCUUAGCUUGAUCCGCGCGAAGCGGAGGUUCGUAUGCAAGCCUAGGCAAACUUUUCACAGUCUGCAGAUGCGUCACGAAAUCGGUGCUUCGUCUCAGCCGCUCUAUACAAGUGUCAUCGCUUGAGG